AUGAAUGGUUAUAGGAGACGCAGCCCCCACGAGCAUAACGGUUACGCUACCGAUCAUCAGAUCCCAAUGGCGGAAUGUUAUGAAGGUUCUGCAAAUGACUUUGGCUAUCAUGCCCCAAAUCCAUACGGCAUCCCCCACCAUCCUUUUGGUUCUUAUGCACCCCAGUUUGCUUCAUGUUAUGCUCAGUCAACUUCAGUUGGCGGGCAAAACUCCGAAAUGCGUUCGCCUCUCGGUCAAAUAUCAGCACAUCAUCAGACUCUUGUUCAGGACUCAUCUUAUCGACAACAGCGUUGUGUGAGUCCUUCGAGAUAUCCGGAUGCGACACGGUUGAUUUCAAUAUGUGACAUGUUCCCUGAGACCGAGGUUGAAAGUCAAGAGUCUCCAAAUGAAGAUACCAUGCUGUCAGAGCCAGUUAUACCUCCAUUGGAAGGGUUUCCAGAUGUUCGAGAAUUUGAUCAACUUAUGCAAAGCUAUGUCAAUGAUUUAUCCAUCAAGAAACAGGAUAAGGCAUUGAUCCAUGCCAAAAGAGCACGCAACAUCAAGACGGUGCUGGUUGACCCAAAAGAUACCGCUGUUGAAUCAGCUCAAUUCAGGUUUUGGGUCAAAAAGAUGUUCAAACUUCAACCAGAUGAUGGUCGAACACCAGAUUCCGAAAAAUUGAUCUGUCAUGAAGGAAAACCAGUUGCAAUUCGAGAAAAACUUUUCAAGAUCCUAACCAAAGCGCAUCAACAAUGCCAGCACGGCGGAAGAGACAAAACCUCAGCCCAAGUCCGUCAGAUAUACUCAUGGGUACCUAAAGAGCUCAUUUCCCGCUUCGUUAAGAUAUGUCCAACAUGUCAGGUUCGCCGUGGGGGGUUGCAUUUAACACCUCCUAAUUCGCGAAGAGGCUCGCCUCGCCUUGAGGCAACCUUGCCUUCGCCAAAGCUUUUGUCACCACCUCCUCCACUUCCUGAUCCUACGUAUAGACGGAAAUCUACAUACAGUCUUCCGGGUUCUUCAGAGAGGUCACAGGCGGAUGGCUUCGCUCAAGGUCACGUUGCCUGGACAGACAGUCCUGCCCACCUUCAUAGCCAACUGCAUCUAAGUUCCAGGCCGUUCAAUCAUUUCACUAUACCACCAGCUGGUCUCCUCACUGACCUUUCGUCAUCGACAUCAUCAAACGCAUUAGUGGAUGAAACGUCAACUUCUUCGACUCAGGUCAAUUACAAUUCUGGUUACAUGCGCACGCACGGAAGUACUCGGUAUCAUGGUUAUUGA